UGCGCGUCGUUUCCGGCGAAUUACUCGUAAUUCACCAAGUAGUGCGAAGUGGGGGUCCGUUCCCUCUUAACGGUCGUGGCGGCGGUGGGUAUAUUUGUCCCGGUUCAAUUGCAAAGAGAAAAUCCGGCGGCAUCGUCGAGCAUCGGCACGUUGCAGACUCGAUCGAGAGCAUGGACUCUCGUAGACGCUUGGCGAGAGCAUAAGCCCUCCGUUCAUUCAUCGAUCGGUUGAGAAGUCGACGAAGGAAUAAAAAAAAAAUAGCAACAAUCUAGCUAGCCAAGAUGUAUCUGUACAAUUUAACCCUUCAACGUGCCACGGGCAUCACACACGCGGUGCACGGUAAUUUUUCCGGCAGCAAGAUGCAGGAGAUCCUUGUCUCCCGCGGCAAGUCGUUAGAGCUUCUACGACCGGAUCCAAAUACAGGGAAGGUCCACACCCUGCUGACCGUUGAGGUCUUCGGCAUCGUCCGGUCCCUUAUGGCAUUCAGACUGACUGGCGGGACAAAAGAUUACAUUGUCGUUGGGUCAGAUUCCGGGCGUAUAGUGAUAUUGGAGUAUAUUCCUGCCAAAAACAUUUUUGAGAAGGUGCAUCAAGAAACUUUCGGCAAGAGUGGAUGUAGACGUAUCGUCCCUGGCCAAUAUCUUGCUAUCGAUCCGAAAGGAAGAGCAGUGAUGAUAGGUGCUAUCGAAAAGCAGAAACUUGUGUACAUUCUCAACAGAGACGCCGAGGCCCGUCUGACAAUCUCUUCUCCAUUGGAAGCUCACAAGAGCAACACACUGGUGUACCAUACAGUUGGAGUCGACGUUGGCUUCGAGAAUCCUAUGUUUGCGUGUUUAGAAAUCGAUUACGAGGAAGCUGACAGCGAUCCCACGGGCGACGCGGCGGUGAAAACGCAGCAAACGCUUACGCUAUACGAGCUCGAUCUUGGCCUGAAUCACGUGGUGCGUAAGUACAGCGAGCCGUUGGAGGAACACGCCAACUUUCUUGUUUCCGUGCCCGGUGGCAACGACGGUCCGAGCGGCGUGCUCAUCUGUUCCGAGAACUAUCUCACGUACAAGAAUCUCGGGGAUCAGCACGACAUACGUUGCCCGAUCCCACGGCGCCGUAACGACCUGGACGAUCCAGAGAGAGGAAUGAUAUUUGUCUGCUCAGCCACGCACAAGACGAAGAGCAUGUUCUUCUUUCUGGCACAGACGGAGCAGGGUGACAUCUUCAAAAUCACCCUCGAGACUGACGAGGACAUGGUCACCGAGAUUAAGCUCAAGUACUUCGACACGGUACCCGUAGCGGCGAGUAUGUGCGUCCUGAAAACGGGAUUCCUGUUUGUCGCCUCGGAAUUCGGCAACCAUUACCUGUAUCAAAUAGCGCAUCUCGGAGACGACGACGACGAACCCGAGUUCAGUUCGGCAAUGCCGUUGGAGGAAGGUGACACUUUCUUCUUCGCCCCUCGACCGCUCCGAAAUCUGGUGCUGGUCGACGAAAUGGACAGUCUCUCGCCUAUAAUGGCUUGUCAGGUAGCAGAUCUGGCGAACGAAGAUACGCCACAAUUGUACAUCGCUUGCGGACGAGGACCGCGAUCCACGUUGCGAGUGUUACGCCACGGUCUCGAGGUUUCAGAGAUGGCCGUGAGCGAACUGCCUGGUAAUCCAAACGCUGUGUGGACUGUCAAGAGAAGAAUCGAUGAGGAAUAUGAUGCAUACAUCAUAGUGUCCUUCGUGAACGCCACACUCGUACUCAGUAUUGGUGAGACUGUCGAGGAAGUGACGGACUCGGGUUUUCUCGGUACAACACCGACCUUGAGUUGCUCCGCCUUGGGCGAGGACGCGUUGGUGCAGGUGUAUCCCGACGGUAUACGUCACAUCCGAGCGGAUAAGCGUGUCAACGAAUGGAAGGCACCUGGCAAGAAGACCAUAGUGAAAUGUGCGGUCAAUCAACGUCAAGUCGUAAUUGCCCUCACUGGAGGAGAACUAGUAUACUUCGAGAUGGACCCUACUGGACAAUUGAACGAGUAUACAGAAAGGAAAAAGAUGCCCUCGGAAGUAAUGUGCAUGGCCCUUGGAAACGUGGCAGUGGGCGAGCAACGCUCGUGGUUUUUGGCCGUUGGUCUGCAGGACAAUACCGUGAGGAUAAUUUCUUUAGAUCCCUCAGACUGUCUAGCGCCACGAAGCUUGCAGGCAUUACCAGCAGCUGCGGAAAGUUUAUGCAUCGUGGAAAUGGGCGCCAAAGAGGCUGACAAUUCCGAGGAUGCGGCGCCGCAGCAAUCCAGUUUGUACCUGAACAUAGGUUUGCAAAAUGGUGUGCUGCUCAGAACUGUGUUGGAUCCGAUUUCUGGGGAUCUUGCAGACACAAGAACACGCUAUCUGGGCUCUCGUCCCGUCAAGCUCUUCAGAAUACGAAUGCAAGGAAACCAGGCUGUGCUGGCGAUGAGCAGCCGAUCCUGGCUGAGUUACUACCAUCAGAAUCGUUUUCACUUGACGCCUCUGUCAUAUGAGAGUCUUGAAUUCGCGUCGGGAUUUAGUUCCGAGCAGUGCCCGGAGGGUAUCGUCGCCAUAUCGACCAAUACCUUGAGAAUUUUGGCGCUCGAAAAACUUGGCGCCGUGUUCAAUCAAGUGAGCUUUCCGCUCGAGUAUACGCCGAGAAAGUUCGCGAUUCACCCGGAUUCUGCGCAUCUAGUGGUCAUCGAGACAGAACACAACGCUUACACCGACGAUACGAAGCAACAGAGAAGACUGCAGAUGGCAGAAGAGAUGCAGGAGGCAGCCGGCGCCGAUGAAGCCGCGGUUGCUCGGGAAUUGGCGGAGGCAUUCCUGUCGGAGGAACCAAACGAGGCAGUUUUUGGUGCUCCGCGGGCGGGUCCGGGACUGUGGGCCUCCAUGCUGAGAAUAAUGGCACCAACCACCGGGCAUACGUUCGAAAAGCAUCGUUUCGAACAAAAUCUAGCUGCGCUAUGUCUUUGUCUCGUCAAAUUCGCCAAUCAAGGUGACCAGCUGUUUCUCAUCGUUGGAGUCGCGAAAGAAUUUCAGUUGAAUCCUAGAGUUAGCAACGGCGGUUUUCUUUAUACGUACAAAGUAAAUGCCGAGUGUACUAGUAUCGAGCUGCUGCACAAAUCUCCGUUAGAUGAAGUACCGUUGGCCAUUUGUCCGUAUCAGGGUCGAGUACUGGUCGGAGUUGGUAGAAUGUUGCGGCUUUACGACAUGGGUAAAAAGAAACUAUUGCGUAAAUGCGAGAACAAACAUAUACCCAACGCAGUGGUAUCGAUUAACGCGAUUGGUCAACGGAUUUACGUCAGCGACGUGCAGGAAUCCGUGUACGCUGUGAGGUACAAGCGCCAGGAGAAUCAGUUAAUCGUUUUCGCAGACGACACGCAUCCCAGGUGGAUUACAACGACGUGUGUAUUGGAUUACGACACCGUUGCUACUGCCGAUAAGUUCGGAAACAUAGCUGUGAUACGAUUGGCGACUGGCAUUAAUGACGAUGUGGACGAAGAUCCAACUGGAAAUAAGGCUCUGUGGGAUCGCGGGCUGCUGAAUGGCGCGAGUCAGAAAGCGGAUACGGUAGCGUGUUUCCACGUCGGUGAAACGGUGAUGUCGUUGCAAAAGGCGACUCUCAUACCGGGUGGCUCUGAGAGUCUGGUAUACACAACCCUGAGCGGAACGGUAGGCGUGCUCGUGCCAUUCACAAGCCACGAAGAUCACGAUUUCUUCCAGCAUCUGGAGAUGCACAUGCGAUCCGAGCAUCCUCCUCUAUGUGGCAGAGAUCAUCUAUCUUUCCGGUCGUAUUAUUACCCUGUAAAAAAUGUCAUCGAUGGCGACCUCUGUGAGCAAUUCAACUCGAUCGAGCCCGCCAAACAGAAGAGCAUCUCCGGCGAUCUCGAGAGAACGCCAUCCGAAGUGUCGAAGAAAUUGGAGGACAUACGUACACGUUACGCCUUCUAAAUUUUCCAGACGCCAUCUCCGAUGUGCUGGAUUCCUUUUUUUGUUCUUAUAGAACUUACAUUUCUAAUAUAUAGAUGAUCUUGGGAAAAAAUCUGCUAUGGAUUUUGUUAAUUUUUUAUUGAUCAAUCGUUCUUUUUUUCAUAAUAUUGGAUUAAUGUGAUGCAUCUUUUCCAUCGAUUCUACCGUAUAAAUUAAAUCCUGUUGUAUACAUCAUAAUUGCAUAUAAAAGUUCAAAGCUGUGUAAAAAUUCAAGAUUUUUUUACAUGUGUGAUAGCUUUAUUAUAUAGACGUAAACAAAACUUUUAGAAUAUCUAUCUUAACGUUGAGAUGUAUUUUCAAUUUCUUUUAAACAAACAGCAAUGGUAAGAAAAAGUAACAGUAUUUUAAUAGCUUUAGAAUGACUCGUGUAAGCUUUUUGUAUUUCUGUAACAAUUAUAGACAAUUAUGAAAAUCACGGAACGUUGAGCUGUGAAAGUUAUCGGACUUGACUUUCGUGUUAUGAAUAGGUCCUAAUCAUUUAUACCACAAGUGUAGAUAUAUAAAUGUAAUGACAUUAUUUCAUCACUAUAUGUACCUACAUAUAUACCGAACUAACGCAUUGCCAUUCGAAUUGCAUCAGUGAUUAAGCAAUUGAUUUCCGUCUAGCGUGUGGUCUUGCAAAUUGCACAUUAAAUCACCUACCGAAUCUAACAUUAAUUCAUCGCCUAUUGAUUUGUAUAACCAGCCAGUAUGAAUGUCUUUGAAUAUAUUUAUUAAAGGAGAAA